CGUGGCUAUAGAAGUGUAGUUCUCUUGUUUUCUAGUGUAAAAAUUAUUUUAUAUGAAUUUCAAAUGGAUUAGUUACAGUGUCGCUCUGAGUAAACCAAAGAAACGUAGUUGAAAUAAAACUAAAAUUGCGAAAUUCUUAGAUUCAAUUACUUGCAUCAAAAGUGAAAUACAAGAAGUGUGAAAAGGGCCUAUGUGAAAUGGGAGAUAAGAUCUGCACUAUGUGAUAGCUAACGGAGCUGCAAAACACAACCAUGGCCAAAUGGACCCUGAAAUUCAAAGUGGUGGUGGUCUGUGUGGUGCUGACUCUACCUUACCUCGUUGUUCACACCCUCCUAAGUGGCAGGGGCGGCAAAACAAUGAAGACAGUCAGCAGUCAACUCGAGGGAAUUAGAGACAUUCGUUGGGCCCAAAAAGUGCCUCUUUCCGUUGCACAUUUAAAUACAUCGACGGGCAGCCGGAGCACAGCUGCGGGAACAGCAACGCCAGCGUCAUCUGCGUUCACGAGACACCUGCAUGAUGGGCUCUUGAAUGCCACGCGGUAUGCGAAGCCUGAUUUGCCGCUCAAGAAGAUUCUCUUCUGGAACAAGUUAAAGAAGUCCUCCUACUACGGCUUCGGGCCUGGUAGGGAGCCUUUCGUCAGGGCAGGAUGUCGCGUGAACGCUUGCACCGUAACGCGCAAUCGGUCCCUCUUCAGGCACGACCAGCUAGACGCCGUCGUCUGGCAUGCUCGCUCAAAGGACUUGUCACUGCCAAGCAAAAGAUCGCCUCAUACGCGUUUUGUGUUCCUGAUGAUGGAGCCGCCCGGCCACAUGCACGUCCUCCCCUGGAGACUAAGGAACGUCUUCAACUGGACGCUGACCUACAGGCACGAUGCUGAUAUCCCGAUGCUGAUUGGGCGCGUGCUGGAGCGAAAGCAAAAGGAUGUAAGCCUCAAACCUAUCAACUAUGCUGUUGGGAAGACCAAGAUGGCUGCAUGGUUCGUUUCGAACUGCAAAACUGACAGCAAUAGAUCCAGACUGACCAAAACGCUGCAGCAAUACAUCAGCGUCGACGUUUACGGCCACUGCGGUCCAUUCCAAUGCCCACGGUCGCGCUCUGCAAACUGCUAUUCACUGCUCGAACGCAAAUACAAAUUUUAUCUGUCAUUUGAAAAUUCGCUCUGUAAGGAUUACGUCACAGAAAAGUUCUUCAAGGUUCUCUUAUAUAAUGUGGUACCGGUGGUCUACGGGAAGGCCAACUACUCCAUCGCUGCACCACCACACUCAUACAUCAAUGUUUUCGAUUUUCCUUCCAUUAAGGACUUGGCGCAAUACCUCUUAUACCUCGACCAAAAUGACACGGCUUAUAAUGAAUACUUCUGGUGGAAGCCCUAUUACGACGUCCUGGCAGUAAACCCGUCGAAAGUGCUGGCCUGGUGCGAUCUCUGCGAGCGCCUGCACAAGGACACGGAGCCCAAGGUUUACAGCGACAUCUAUAAUUGGUACACCAAACAGGCAACUUGCAAGAAACCGAAGUACCAGCCGCGUUUAGAGGCUUUUCUGAAUGACGAAUCUAUUAAUAAGUUCAACCGCAGUGUGUUUGUGUAAGGAUCUUUUUUAUUCUGGUUACGUUUCGUAAAUGUAAAUGUAAAUAUAUAGAUAGAAUGAUGGGCAGAUAGACAGAUACAUAUAUAAAUAUAUGUAUAUAUAGCAUAUACAUACAAAU